AAUGCUACUACAUUGUUUUGGAUGUAAGAAAAAGAUUAAUAAGCUGAAGCAAAGUGUUUGUUCACUUUGUCAUCAUAAAGUCCAUUGGUCUUGUUUAUCAGAUGGAUUAUGUUCUACAUGUUCAAGUGUUGAAAAAAAGAAAAUCAGAAUUAUUCUGAACAAAUGUGAUGAAAUUUUACAAGAUAAAGCUACCAAUAAAGUCUUAAAUUCUGAAAAAAAAGAUCUAAAUCAUACAAGAGAAGAGACAGAUGUGCAAAAUAUAAUAAUGGAUGUUGAUCACAAAGAAGUGGUUACUCUUAUUGAAACACUGAAUUGUGAUGCAGAGUCCAGGCUUGUUGAUAAUCUUAGUGAAAGCAGCCCUCUGGAUGGAAAUACAUUACAUUUUAAUGAGAAUGAUAUAAAUAUAGAGGAUUCCUUUGAAAGUAUACAAGAGAUGAACUAUGACACCAAAGAACAAAUUAUUGAAUUGAAAGUGUCAGCAAAACAAAAAGGAAAAACAGACACCAAUUGCAUUAAUCAACUGCUACAAUAUAAAGAACCAAAAAAGAUAGUUAUAGAUUUUGAAAAAGCUGUUUGGAAAGCUGUAUUACAUAAUUGGGAAAAUGUAAAUCUGUCAGGAUGCUUAUUCCAUUGGAAUCAAGCAGUUUAUAGAAAAAUUCAGAAGCUUGGUUAUUCUUCAGACUUCAACAAAAAAAAUGGACAAUUGUUUGAAAUGAGAAAGCUAAUGGCUUUGCCAUUCCUUCCAUGUCACAUUAUUCCAAUAAAGUUUAUCAAAAUUAAGGAUUACCUUAAAUCAAUUGAUAAACUUGCUGAUUUCAUUGAUUAUUUUGAAAAAACUUGGAUUAUGAAUGAUGUUUGCUUACCAAAAAGAUGGUCUAUCUAUCAAUGUGCAAUCAGAACAAAUAAUGAUGUUGAGGGAUUUCACAAUAGGUUGAAUGGUAAUGUUGGAGUAAAUGUUUCAUUUUAUUCUGUGAUAAAUGAAUUGAAAAGGGAAGCAGAUUGUUUACCAGCAUAUCAAAGAAUGUUAUCGGAAAAGAAGAUAUAA